CAAGAUCGUCAAGAGACAGUAAACCUAAAAUGGCGAACUCAGACAAAAGAUUAUUCGAGAAGGUAGCUAUAAUAACCGGAGGAGCAAGAGGGAUAGGAGCGGCCACGGCGAGAUUGUUCACAGAGAAUGGCGCGUAUGUGAUAGUCGCGGAUAUCCUUGAGAAUGAAGGCAUCCUUGUGGCGGAAUCGAUCGGUGGGUGUUACGUUCAUUGUGACGUAUCGAAGGAGGCUGAUGUUGAGGCGGCAGUGGAGCUAGCAAUGAGACGUAAAGGUAGACUAGAUGUGAUGUUCAACAAUGCCGGGAUGUCGCUUAACGAAGGUAGUAUCAUGGGGAUGGACGUGGACAUGGUUAACAAACUUGUCUCGGUUAAUGUCAAUGGUGUUUUGCAUGGUAUCAAACAUGCCGCUAAGGCCAUGAUCAAAGGGGGACGAGGAGGCUCGAUAAUAUGCACAUCGAGCUCAUCAGGGCUAAUGGGAGGACUUGGAGGACAUGCGUAUACGCUCUCCAAAGGAGCCAUCAACGGGGUGGUGAGGACAACGGCGUGCGAGCUUGGGUCUCACGGCAUCCGUGUGAAUAGCAUCUCUCCUCAUGGAGUUCCCACUGACAUCUUGGUUAAUGCGUACCGUAAGUUCCUUAACCAUGACAAACUCAACGUCGCUGAGGUCACCGACAUUAUUGCUGAGAAAGGGAGUUUGCUGACCGGAAGAGCCGGUACUGUGGAGGACGUAGCUCAAGCAGCUUUGUUUCUUGCAAGCCAAGAAUCGUCGGGGUUCAUUACCGGACAUAACUUGGUUGUUGAUGGUGGUUACACAUCUGCCACUAGUACUAUGAGAUUUAUCUACAACUAGUUUUCGUUUGGUGGUGUUUCCUUUUCAAAGUUGUUCUUUG